UUGGCCCAAACUAUUGAACUUCCUCACGUCGGUGAGUCGGUCGUUGAAGGCACCAUCGGCAAGUGGCUGAAAAAGCCCGGUGACAAGGUGGAGCGCUACGAGCCGCUGGUCGAGGUUGUUACCGACAAGGUAACCAUGGAAGUUCCCUCUCCCGUGGACGGCUCCCUGGUCAAAAUCCUGGCCCAGGAGGGUGAAACCGUCCCCAUGGGCGCGCCGAUCGCCGAGGUUGAAACCUCCGACAGCCCCUCUUCUGAAUCAGCAGCGCCGGAAACUUCUGUUUCUCCCACUCAGGUUGAGGCUGCCGCGGUACCAACCGCGCUAGCCACGCCAACAACUGCCCAUACUGAACCGGUUGAAGGGCAAGCUGCGCCCCCCGCCAGCCGUAUUGGUUACCUGAACACCUCCGCCACCAUGAUCGGCCCCACUGGUGGCGGCUCCGGCGACGACAGUCCGCCCGCACCGCCUCCGGAGCAAACCGCCGCCGUAUUGGCGGCAUCACUCGCGGCUCAAGUCGCUAUUGAAACCCCGACAGUUGCUGCGCCCGCCAGCGAUGGCUCUCGCAGGCUGUCCCCCGCCGUGACGCCGGCUGGCCCGGGAGCACGACGUUGA